CACAUAAAUGGUUUAUUAUAUUGUAGAAUAGACGCCUAUUUUGUCAUCAUGAAGACCUUGUUCCUGCAACAUUUCCUCUGCAGACACCUUAAUUAGUCAAACAAAACACAAAACUCUCAGAAUGGAAAUGAAAAGGCAAGGAAGAAAAUCUCCAGUUGCAGCUAUGAGUCUGAGUCACUCAAUUCACUUCCAAGCGAUCCUUCUAUUGUUCGUGGUACUGCUGCUGCAGCAUAUAAAAACUCUUGCUGUUUUCGUUGGUAGUCCCACUGGCACCUCCAGUUAUUUCGGUGGGAAUGAGACUGAUCAUCAGGCUUUGUUAGCCUUCAAGACAAAGAUAACACGUGAUCCUACAAAUGUUUUCAGCUCGUGGAAUGACUCACUCCAUUUUUGUGAGUGGGAAGGUGUUACGUGUGGCCACAAGCAUAGAAGAGUCACUGUAUUAGAUCUUCAGUCCAGAGGUUUGGUGGGUUCCUUGUCUCCAUACAUAGGCAAUCUCAGCUUUGUUAGAGAAAUCUUUCUCUUGAACAACACUAUUCGAGGCAAAAUUCCUGAUGAAGUUGGUCAUCUAUUCAGGUUGCAAUCAUUGAAGCUGAAUAGGAAUUUCUUCGAUGGGGAAAUUCCCGCAAACCUUUCCCAUUGCUCCAACCUCAAGGUCCUUUUUGUAAGUUUUAAUAGCCUUUCGGGUUCAAUACCCAUGGAGCUUUUUUCUUUGUCAAAGCUAGAGUCUCUUGCUAUUGGCAGUAACAAUCUCAGGGGAGGAAUCCCACUUUACAUUGGGAACCUUAGCUCUCUCCAAAUUUUUUCAUCAGCCUAUAAUGACUUUGGAGGACACAUUCCAGAUGCCUUGGGUCAAUUAAGAAGUUUAUCAGUACUUGGAUUGGCUUACAAUAACCUUUCAGGCAUGAUCCCUCUAUCUUUAUAUAAUCUUUCGUCUAUUACUAUUUUAUCAAUUCCUUACAAUGAACUUCGGGGAAGUCUUCCUAAAGACUUAUUCCUCACCCUUCCUCAUCUCCAGUGGUUACAAAUUUCUGAAAACCAAUUUACUGGAUCUCUUCCAGUCUCAUUAUCUAAUACUUCAGAGCUACGACGCCUCGAACUUGAUCGGAACAAUUUCACGGGAAAAUUAUCAAUCAACUUUGGAGCCUUACCACAUUUUGAGGGGUUAUUUAUUCAAUCAAAUAAUUUAGGAAGUGGAGAUGCAGAUGAAAUGGAUUUCUUUCAAUCUUUAGCCAAUUGUAGCAACUUGCUGAAAUUGGAUUUCAUGUACAAUCAAUUCAAAGGUAAGUUGCCAAAUGUUUUGGGCAAUUUUUCAACCCAACUUAACUUUUUCUCGACCAGUGAAAACUUUAUUUUUGGACAGAUCCCUCUAGGAUUCGGAAAUUUGGUCAACUUGAACAUGUUAAGGAUGGAUGGUAACGAGUUCACAGGGACGAUCCCAAGUGAUAUUGUUAAUAUGCUUAAGUUAGAGAAUUUACUUUUAAAUGAUAACCGACUCUCUGGAACGUUACCAAGUAACCUUGGAAACCUAACGAUGAUAAGUAUACUGUCUUUAGCAAAUAAUAGGUUGCAAGGAACUAUACCCUCAAGUAUUGGAAAUUGCCAAAAUUUGCUGGCAUUAAAUCUAGCUCAAAACAAUCUUAGUGGUACUAUUCCAAAGCAACUCUUUGCAAUUUCCAUGCUGUCAAUUUCACUUAGUUUAGCUCAAAACUUUUUUGUUGGAUCUUUACCAUCAGAGGUUGGCAAUCUUGUCCAUUUAGUUGAUUUGGACAUAUCUGAGAACAAGUUGUAUGGUGAAAUUCCAAGCAGCCUAGGCUCUUGCACUGGCCUUGAGCACCUUAACAUGGAGGGAAAUUACUUUCAAGGUGAGAUUCCAACAUCCUUGAGUUCUUUGAGAAGUAUUGAAGGUAUGGAUCUUUCUAGAAACAACUUGUCUGGUCAAAUUCCAAGUUUCUUGGAGAAGCUUAGCCUAAGGUUCCUGAAUUUAUCCUUCAAUGAUUUUCAAGGAAAGGUUCCAGCAAAAGGAGUUUUCUCAAAUGCUACAGCAAUAUCAGUUGUUGGAAAUAGUAGGCUUUGUGGGGGAAAUUCAGAACUCAAGUUGCCUAGGUGCUUAACUAAACAAGUGAAGAAAAGGAAGUGGUCUUUUGCACUCACAAUGGUAAUUACAGUCGCAUGUGUUCUUCUUGUAGUAACUACAAUGUCAUAUUUCUUAUUUUAUUGGCGCAAAAGUAAAAGAAAGAAUAACUCUUUAGAAUCUUCAUUGGGAAAAUCACUUUUGAAAGUUUCUUACCAAACUCUCCAUAAAGCAACUAAUGGGUUCUCUUUAGCAAAUUUGAUUGGUGUUGGUAGUUUUGGCUCAGUGUAUAAAGGCAUCCUUGGUGAGGAGGGAUCAAUUGUUGCAGUCAAGGUACUUAAUCUUCAGCGUCGAGGAGCUGCUAGGAGCUUCAUCUCUGAGUGUGAAGCCUGGAAAAAUAUUCGUCAUCGAAAUCUUGUUAAGAUCAUAACUUCUUGCUCAAGCAUAGAUUUUAACGGCAAUGAUUUUAAGGCUCUAGUUUAUGAGUUCAUGCCCAAUGGAAGUCUAGAAAAUUGGCUGCAUAUGGAUUUGGAAAUGGAUGUUGAGGAAGUAGAGAUACAAAAUUUGAACCUUGUUCAAAGAAUAAGCAUUGCCACUGAUGUUGCCUGUGCACUUGAUUACCUACAUCACCGUUGCCCAAUGCCGAUUGUUCACUGUGAUCUAAAGCCAAGUAACAUUCUUUUUGAUUGUGAUAUGAAUGCACGUGUUGGAGAUUUUGGGAUUGCAAAAUUUCUUUUUGAAAUUACAAAUUCUAAACAAAGCAGCUCGAUUGGAAUAAGAGGAACAAUUGGGUACACUCCUCCAGAAUACGGUCUAGGAAGUGAGGUGUCAACCAAAGGAGAUGUGUACAGUUAUGGAAUCAUGUUGUUAGAGGUGAUAACGGGAAAGAGACCUACAAAUAGUAUGUUUGAAGGAGGCUUUAACCUUCACAACUAUGCUAGCAUGGCCUUGCCUGACCAUGUAAUGGAGAUUAUAGACCCAAAGCUUUUAAACAAUGUUGAUGAAAAAGAGGAGUGUUUAAUAUCCUUGGUCAAGAUCGGAGUUGCAUGCUCUAUGGAGUUGCCACAAGAACGAUGGGACAUUAGCAAGGCCUUGUCUGAGCUGCAUUUGGUCAAGGACAUUCUUCAUGGUGGUAGGAUUUAGUGCAACGUUCUCAAAUAUUUAAAAGGUUCAUAAAGUUUGACAAUGGAUGGAAAGACGCGUCUUGCAUUCUAGAUAAACAUGCUAGUAGUUUAUGGAGGAGUAUUUUAUAUUGUUCUUAUACCCUGUCUUACAUCUGUAGUUUAUAUGCGUGAGUAACUCAAAAUAAUUUCCUUCAAACUUGUAUUUGUGUUUGAUUUUAUUGAUAUCAUGUUAGGGAGAUUAAUUAUCUAAUUUCAUUUGCAGUUGUAAUCUUUUGGGGGGGGAGGAUUUGAACCUAGAUGUUUUUGAAACAUCGGCAGUUGCCAACAAGUUGAGCUAUAUUAUAAGACUCUUGGCUAUUAUGUAA